UUAUUGUGAUUACAGCAAAACAAAAACGACAGAACAAAGGGUGCGAACAGGAAUAAGCGAAAAAGGGCAUCACAAGUUGGAAUUACACCAAGAAGUGGGGUUACAAGAGCGAAGAACAAAAACAUUUGUGUUGUAUUGGAGUUAUUUAUAUUUAUACGCUCGUAACUCGCACAUAGUAUCCCUCAGUCAUUCCGUGUCCAUAGUUGCAAGUUAUCUAAGCCCAGUUUGUGUUUCACUCACACACCGUUUCCAGUAACAACAAAACAUCAUGCUUUCUCGCCCCUCACAUCAAUUUUUCUGUUUCUGAGAUCCGCGCCUUCUCUUCACUUUCAGAUGGUUCUGUCUCUGUAGCUCGGAAUCAGACGACAGGAGAAUUUGCUGGGGGAGAGUUUCAAUUUUUCAAAUCCUGUCGUUGAUUCAUUUGGUAUUGCACUCGCGUUUCUCUCUUUCUAUUUUCGUCAGAGAUUAUGGUUUUUCGUUUCUAGAGGGAGGGGUGGUUUGUUUUUAUUAAGUAUAAAGGCAAUUAUGGAAUAAAUGAAUAGAUAAGAGAUUGGCGGCAUGUCGAUGGUGUGAUGAAUUUGUUUUUGUGGGUAGAGGCGGCACAUGAAUUAAAGGGAUUGUUGGAAUGAUUAUAAUAAUAAUGGUUUUUUCUUCUGCCUUUCAUGGUUGAUUUUGCAUCUGCUAUGGUUUUGUUUGGGUGUGGUGAGGAUUCCUUGUCAUGACAAAGAAAUUACGUUUGGGUUGUUCUUUGCAGGGGGAGGAGGAUGGAAAGAAAGUGAAUAACCUUCUGGAAAUGAAUAGAGGGGAAGGAGCGAAUGAUGGUUUUUCUGGACCUGGACCAAAUGAUUCGCUUCUUCCUGGUCUUAUUGAUGAUGUUGCCUUGAAUUGUCUUGCUUGGGUUAGUGGAUCCGAUUAUGCCGCACUAUCGUGUAUCAAUAAAAGGUUCAAUAAACUGAUCAAUAGUGGGUAUCUAUAUGGGUUGAGGAAACAAUUGGGGGCUGUGGAGCAUUUGGUGUAUAUGGUUUGUGAUCCAAGAGGAUGGGUGGCCUUUGACCCCAAGAUAAACAGGUGGAUGUCAUUACCCAAGAUACCUUGUGAUGAGUGCUUUAACCAUGCAGACAAGGAGUCCUUGGCCGUGGGCUGCGAACUGUUAGUCUUCGGUCGGGAACUGAUGGAGUUUGCUAUUUGGAAGUAUAGCAUGAUUUGUCGUGGUUGGGUGAAGUGCCAGGAGAUGAACCAGCCUCGGUGUUUGUUUGGAUCUAGUAGUCUUGGAUCGAUUGCUAUUGUUGCUGGGGGAAGUGAUAAGUAUGGAAAUGUUCUAAAAUCAGCUGAGUUGUAUGACUCUUCAACAGGUAUGUGGGAACUUUUACCAAACAUGCACACAUCGCGUAGAUUGUGUUCUGGUUUUUUUAUGGAUGGCAAAUUCUACGUGAUUGGUGGAAUGUCAAGUACAACUGUUUCAUUAAGUUGUGGAGAGGAGUAUGAUCUCAAGACAAGGAGUUGGCGGAAAAUAGAGGGGAUGUAUCCGUAUGUUAACGUGGGUGUUCAGGCACCUCCACUUGUGGCUGUUGUGGAUAAUCAGCUAUAUGCAGUUGAGCAUCUGACUAACAUGGUGAAAAAAUAUGACAAGGAAAAGAACACCUGGAAUGAAUUGGGGAGGCUUCCAGUCAGGGCGGAUUCUUCUAAUGGUUGGGGGUUGGCUUUCAAGGUUUGUGGAGAGCAACUUUUGGUUGUGGGUGGACAAAGGGGUCCAGAGGGUGAAUCUAUUGUGCUGAGUUCAUGGUGUCCUAAGUCAGGGAUCAGCAAUGGCACCAUAGAUUGGCAGGUACUUGGAGUGAAGGAGCAUGUCGGGGUGUUCGUGUAUAAUUGUGCUGUUAUGGGUUGUUGAGAUAAUUUUAGAUUGACUCAACAGAGGAUGCUGGUAUCCACAAUCUGACUUAGCCUUGAAGGGUGCCUCCAUGUUCAAUCACCUCAUUUACUGGGUUAAUUGUUGCCGGGAUAGCUUUCCCUAGCUCAGAAUUUGGUUUCGUUCUUUUUAACAUGGUUUAUUUGGAUGUAUUUCUCACUUUCGAGGUCCAUAAUACUACUAAAUUGCAUUUGAUAUUACUGAGUAGGCUUACACAGAUAUGUUCUAUUAUCUUCUUUAGCCAAAUAUGUAAACCAAUAAAUGAAGGAUUUUCAUUGUUUAAUGUUCAUUGCUUGCUUCUUCAA